UGUGCGUGGGAAAUAGUGGGAAAAACAGAACAAAACUUGUUGCCACUUUUUUCGCUAAAAACACGCUAUUUAUCCGUAUUUUGAAUUUUAUAUCCAUCUCAAACUUUGUAUUAGUAAACUGGAAUGCCUACUACUCGAAAGAAAGUGAUAAAAACUGUUUAUAAAGAUGAGGACGAUAGUGCCGGGGAGACCGGCGAUUUCAGUGAUUCUGGUUCGGACGCAAAAAUAUCAGAGGAGGAGUCUAGUUCAGAAGAAGAAGUGGAAAAUGAAGAUGUUGCAUCAUCUGGUGAUGAAUUUGUAAAGAGUAAAAAACAGCCUACAAAAAAAGUACAACCAAAAAUACCAAAAAAGUUUGUAAAAACCUUAAUCAAUAGAAUCAGUCAACAAUCCACAGCAGCUAGUGAAAAUGAGAACAAUGAUGUUUCACCUGCUCCCUUUUCUGUCAAAGAUUUAACUGAUGCUGACAAACUGCUGCCUCCUAUAUUAAAUCUAUCUGAAAGUGAUAGUAGUGAUGAUGAAUCUCCUAAGCAAUCAAGUAAAAAUACUACUGCAAAAUCCAUAUUUUCUGAUAAUGAUCAUAAUAGUGAAGAUGAAGUCAAAACUGAGUACAAAGAUGUAUGGUCUCACAAUAAAGAAGUUGAUAGUGAGGAAGUUGCCCGAAAAGCAUUUUUGGAAUUGGAAAAGCAUAAAUCCAAAAUAGAAGAGACAAAAGCAUCUGUAAAUAAAUAUACAGUUAAGCAACAAAAAGAAAAUGAGUUCAACGUUCAAGAUCUACUAGCCCAAGGCGAGGAAAUCAUAUCUCCUAGUAAAACACCAGUAAAGAAGAAAUCUAGAAACAAGAAAGUGAAGGAUGAGAGUGAUUCAGAUGUAGAUGAUUGGGAAGAAGUACAAGAAAAUAAAGCAAUACCACAGCAAGGUCUUCAACUAGUUGUCCAACUCCCAGAUUCAGUAUGUCGGAAGACUAAAAAAAUCGAUGUUGAAAUGAUGAUGAAAAGAAAAAUUAAUAGAGUAAAGAAAGAAUACCAGGUCUAUAUGCAUAAAGUUCACGUACUGUGUUGGUUAGGUCAUGGUAAUCAUGUCAGUCAAGUUUUGAAUGACCAAGAAGUGCUAGCAGCUACCUUGGCUCUUGUACCUUCUAAAGAAUGCUAUCCAGGUGAAAGAGUUGACAUGAAAUAUCUGGAGCAGAUCACUACUUGGUUCAAAGAUAAAUUAACUCUCAAACAAGAUAAAAAUGAAAACAAAUUCAGGCCCAAAGCACCACCUCUAAAAGAAAUUUUACUAGCGCAACUUAAAAGCAGAGUUGUGACUACAAAAAAAUAUCUUGUGUUCAUAUUUGUAGCCAUGUUGAGAGCUCUAGGACUGCAGUGUCGGGUCAUGUUCAAUUUCGUCACAUUACCAAUAAAACCACCGAGUUCUGAACUAUGUUCUUUGUCCACUAAACCUAAAGAAGAUGUAAACAAAGAGAAAUCCAAAGAGGCUAAAAAAGCAGUAGAAAGUAAUAAAGCAUCAACAAGCAACACAAAAAAAUCCAAAGUUAAACCCAAAAGCCAAGAGAAAAUAUCCCAAGUUGACGGAAAUUACGACAGAGAAGAUGAUGAGUCAUUUGACAACAUCAUGCAAGUAGAUGGCAAUGAUGAUGCUUUGCCGAAAGAAACAAGGAACACUAGAGCAAGAAAAGCAAAAACGGCAACAAAAAAUGCCACUGAAGAGGACGUGUCGCCUCCGAAAAAAUCUCGAAAUACUCCUAGCCCAAAACCUAAGAAAACCAUGUCUAAAACAAGUAAAGACUUGCAAUCAAAGUCAGAAUCUGAAGAGAAUUCAAAGGAUACAAAACAUAGCAAUGACCCACCAGCAACUAAAUCUCGAAGAACUCGAAAUUCUGUUAAGAGCUCAACAAACAGUGAAAAGGUGGCAAAAGUUGAAUCUCAGAAAAAAGACACGAAAGCGAAAUCUAAAGUAGAACCUCCUAAAAUUGUAGUGACAAAAGCCAAUCAAGAUAAGGAACAAUCAAGCAAGUAUUUUAGCAAUGAAACUUCAAAUGAUAAUAAAACCAGACUGUCUCGAAAGAGAGCAUUGACUGCAAACCCAGAUAGUUCACAACCUGUUAAAGAUAAGCCUAAUAAAAGCAGAACCAAAAGUGCUCCUGGUAAUGCUGUUGAGAAAAGCAAAUAUUUUGAUUCUGAAACUGAGUCUACUUCUGCUCAGAGCAAAAAGUCUAGGUUGUCUUUGAAAAACAAGAAAGAAUUGGAUCCUAAAGCAGAAGACGAAAAAAGAAUAAGCCAUAGAGAUUUAGUUAAAAAGACAACAAAGCCCAAAAAUGAUGUAAAGGGCGACUUAAUAAAUCUUAUAAAGGGACGCGUAAAGGAAGCUAAAGAAGAAUCAAAGAAAGGAAAAGUCAAAGGAAAAUCAAAACCUGAGUCAGAUGACGAUAGCGAUUUUUUGCCUGAAGAAAACGUCCGUGGUAUAUCUGAAAGCGACGAUGAAUUCAAGCCUUCUACUAAAAUAAGUCCUAGACCCAGCACAAGCAAGAAAAUAGACCGUCGAGUUAUAUCAUCGUCAGAGAGCGACACUCCCGUAAACAAGAUAGAUGUGUGGUGCGAAGUGUUUGUUGAAGAGCUUGAGCAGUGGAUAUCUGUUAAUGUCAUUAAAGCGACGGUUCAUUGCGCUGGAACUCUAUAUACCGGUGCGAGCCACCCAGUGUGUUACGUAGUAGGCUGGGACAACAACAAUUACCUGAAGGACCUGACCAGGCGCUACGUGCCGCAUUGGAACACAGUCACGAGGAAGCAGCGCGCCGAACCACUAUGGUGGGACAAAGCAGUCAAACCUUGGCUAGCACCUUCUAACCCACGUGAUAGGGAAGAGAAUGAACAAUUGGAUAGGAUGCAGCUGGAAGCGCCGUUGCCUAAGAGCAUUGCAGAGUACAAAAACCAUCCCCUUUACGCGCUUAAGCGUCACCUAUUAAAGUUCGAAGCGAUCUACCCGCCCGAUGCGGCUACUCUAGGCUUCGUACGCGGCGAGCCGGUGUACGCUCGCGAGUGUGUCUACACGUGCCGGUCACGUGACACGUGGCUGAAGGAAGCCAAAGUGGUGCGGUUGGGGGAAGAGCCUUAUAAGGUUGUGAAGGCACGCCCGAAGUGGGAUAAGCUAUCCAACAAGCUCAUAACGGACAAACCUCUCGAAGUGUUCGGGCCGUGGCAAGUGCAAGAUUACGAGCCUCCGACCGCCGAGGGCGGGAUAGUACCGCGCAACGCUUACGGCAACGUCGAGUUGUUCAAGGCGUGUAUGCUGCCGAAAGGAACUGUUCAUAUCAAAUUGCCCGGUCUGAACAGAAUAGCCAAGAAGCUGAACAUCGACUGCGCGCCCGCGAUGACCGGCUUCGACUUCAACGGCGGCUGGUCGCACCCCGUGUACGACGGGUUCGUGGUCUGCGAGGAGUUCGGUGACCUCAUCCAAGAGGCCUGGGUCGCGGACCAAGAAGACUUAGAACGUAAGGAACAGGAGAAAACAGAAGCGAGAGUGUAUGGAAACUGGAGGCGACUGAUCAAAGGACUGCUCAUACGAGAGCGGCUCAAGAACAAAUACGGCUUCCAGGAACCUAGUACCUCCAAUGACGGUAAAAAGAACACAAAAGGCCCUCGUUUGGUUGUCAAGAAAAAAUAAUAAUCGAUAUUCUACAUCUAAGGUAAUGUCAGAGUGAGUUAUACUUC